AUGUGUGGCAGCUACUACGGAAACUACUACGGGGGUCGUGGCUGUGGAUGCUGUGGCUACGGAGGCCUGGGCUAUGGUUAUGGAGGCCUAGGCUACGGUUACGGAGGUCUGGGCUGUGGUUAUGGGUCCUGCUAUGGCUGUGGCUUCCGUAGACUGGGCUGUGGCUAUGGCUGUGGCUAUGGCUAUGGCUCCCGUUCUCUGUGUGGAUGCGGCUAUGGCUGUGGUUCUGUCUAUGGCUCUGGCUUUGGCUACUACUAUUAA